AUGAUUCGCCUUGUGUCGUUUUUCGCCAUUACUUAUGUUACAUUGGGAUGUGGUCCUGCGCCGGGAACACCACCACAGCAACAACAAUCGGCAGUCGUUGGUUUGUUCACUGAUGAAAAUUUCGACCCAGCCCAAGCCGAUUACUACAGAACUUUGGCCAUAAAUCUAAUGAAAAAUGUCUUUGAGUCCUACGGAAUCCCUUACGUUGAUAACUGGGCGCAAAUAUCGUCACGAGAUGAUGGUGGAAAAGUCACUAUAGAUGUGAGGAUUCCGAGUAUUGAUUGUCAACAGCUACAUCAACUUGUCACUCUGCUGAAGAAUGAAAUUUUCCUCAUCGAAUACGCCGGUUACCGGUGUGGAUCGAAUCCGAUAGUUUAUGUACGAUAA